UAGAAAGUGUUUCUUAACCCCUUUGAAAUAUAGGCAAUAUGAGUGCUUUUUUCGAUUUCGAGACUAUCCUAUACAUUUUACUGCUUAGCAUCUGCACAGCCACGUAUUUGCGACAGUAUAGUCCUUCUCUUUUUCACCGUGAUAGCCAUGAACUGUACAAGAAAUUUUUGUACAGGUGUAGCGUAGUGGGUGAUCGAUUGUCGCCAUGGGUAUCUAUUUGCUGCCUCAUCCUAUCAAUGAAAAUUCUAUUUUCCGACUGAAUCUCAGACUUCACUUUACUCAGUGAUGCACAGUUACUAUGGUGCGAUAUGAUUGUUAUAUAGAGAGGGGUUUGUUAGUGGGGUGUAUUUUUAUUUCUUAUAGAUGGUAUGAGGAGCAAUGUAUUAUUCUAAGUUCUGAGUCAUAUUGCUUGCAUCAAGAAAUAAAUAUGAGUAUCGUUUCUGACUAAAUUUGUCAUCAAUACCCUUUUUUUUGAUUACUAGGCGGCUUAAAUUUUGUCAUCCUAA